CUGUGAGUUGCGUCCUGAGGUAACAACUUGCACUACCACCCUAUCAAAAGGCCAGUUUAAUAGUGCCAGAUUUGAAAGGUUUUCAAGUUGGAAGGUGCUGCAAAAGGCUAUUGCCAAACUCCAACAUAUAGCUCAAUCAUUCAAGAACAACUCUGAGGUUUCCUGUCGUGGCUGGCACAACUGCAACAAACAUUUAACUGAAAAGUCACUGCAACUAGCCAAGACCACGAUCAUUCGCACCGUUCAAAGAGAGGUCUUCGCAGAAGAUAUUGGAUGCAUUGAAAAAGGCACAGCUCUAAAAAACUCAAGUCCACUCAGCAAACUGAAUCCAUUUGUUGACACGCAAGGGCUCCUUAAAGUUGGAGGCCGACUAAAGAAAGCACAGUUGUCUGCAGAAGAAACCAAUCCCAUACUCGUCCCUGGAAAGCAUCAUCUUGCUCAGCUCAUAAUAAGACACUUUCACGAAAAAUUAUGUCACCAGGGAAGGCAUUUCACGGAGGGAGCAGUCAGAGCAGGGGGCUUUUGGAUUGUGGGAGGAAAAAGAGCAGUAAGCAGUGUGAUUUUCAAGUGCAUCCCAUGCCGCAAAUUAAGGGGCAGGCAACCUGAACAGAUAAUGGCUGAACUUCCUGAGGACAGGCUGUCCACGGACCCUCCUUUCACAAAUGUAGGCCUUGAUGUGUUCGGUCCCUGGUCCGUUACAGUGAGAAAAACGCGUGGUGCUAAUGCAGAUGCUAAAAGAUGGGCAGUCAUAUUCACCUGCAUGAGUACACGUGCAAUUCAUAUUGAAGUGAUUGAGUCAAUGGACACAUCGUCAUUCAUUAAUGCACUGCGUCGUUUCUUUGCCAUCCGAGGUGGUGCCAAACUCUUGAGAUCUGAUUGUGGGACAAAUUUUGUGAGUGCCUGCAAAGAGCUCCAAAUAGACAAACUAGGCUGUCACAAUGACAAAAUAGGCACAUUCUUGAAAGACAGUGCGUGCAAAUGGCAGUUUAAUCCUCCACAUGCAUCCCAUAUGGCUGGUUCCUGGGAACGCAUGAUCGGCGUCACCCGAAAAAUCCUCAAUGCAAUGCUCCUUGAACAUCCAUAUGGGAAGCUCACACAUGAAGUACUCGUGACAUUGUUAGCUGAAGUCACCGCAAUUGUAAAUGCACGCCCGCUAACGGCUGUUUCUACAGAUCCCGAAAACCCAGUCAUUCUUACUCCUGCGAUGCUACUCACGCAAAAGGUUGGCACACCACCGAUUCCACCAGGGCAGUUUCAGACCAGUGACCUAUUCAAAGCCCAAUGGAAGCGCGUGCAGUACUUAGCUAAUGUUUUCUGGAGUCGUUGGCAGAAAGAAUACAUCGCAGGCUUGCAGGUUCGUCGCAAGUGGAAAAUAAAAAAGCCGAACCUUCAAAUGGGCGACGUUGUUUUAAUGAGGGAGUCUCUAGAACAUAGGAAUAAUUGGCCACUCGGACUGAUCACAAAAUCUUUCCCAAGUGAGGACGGUAAUGUCAGAAAAGUUGAGGUUAAGAUUUGCCGAAACGGCGAGAAUAGGUUUUACAUUCGCCCAAUUCGUGAAGUUGUGCUUUUGAUGUCUAAGGAUAGCAUGUAAAACGAGUUGUUGUUUUGUAUCGUUCAUUAGUUAAGGGCUGACAUCUUGCAGAUGUCAGGCGGGGAGUGUUAUGUCCUCUGGUCUUAUGUUGACUACUUUUUGGGUUUAAUUUCUUUCUAAGAUUGUACAUUGUUCAUCCGUCCACAGGAUGUCGCUAUUCUAACUCAGAAUCUUAAGUUUUUCUUUGGUAUUGCUGUUUGCGCUCGGCUUCCCCUAGUGGCGACUUGCUGUAAGCAGCAGGCAGAAAGAACUUUUUAUUUCAGUUGGAAAAGAGGCCUUGAGGUGUUAAGACGUUACACACCUCCUCUGCACCAUACAUCGUUGGGAACCCUUGACAAAACAAAAUCUUUUUACCAGCCACACACACACACGCGCACACGUUCACGCGAAGAAAUAAAUGAGAGGAAGGAGUUUGGGCCUCCAUUUUUCUUUG